AAAAAAUGUAAAAAAAAUUAAUAAUAAUUUUUGUAUUAUCUUCAAUAAUUCUUGCUUAAUUAAGUAAGGAAAAAGUAACUAACUAAUUAAAUCUAACAAUUUCUUUUGACGGGAAGGAAGAAGGUCAUAUAGUAUUAGGUUUAUUCGGAGAUGUUGUGCCUAAAACAGUUGAAAAUUUCAGAGCUUUAUGUACUGGUGAAAAUGGUGAAGUAAACGGUAAAAAAUUGCAUUACAAAGGUUCUAAAUUUCACAGAAUUAUCCCCUAAUUCAUGAUCUAAGGAGGAGAUUUUACUAAUGGAGAUGGAACUGGUGGAUUAUCUAUUUAUGGACAUAAAUUUAAUGAUGAAAACUUUUAAUUAAGACAUGAACCUUUUUGCAUUUCGAUGGCUAAUGCUGGCCCUAACACUAAUGGAUCUCAAUUUUUCAUUACAACUGCUCAAACAAGUUGGCUUGAUUCCAGACAUGUCGUCUUUGGUAGAGUUUUAGAAGGUUAAGAUCUUAUUAAAAAAAUUGAAGCUGCUGGAAGCUCUUCUGGAAAGCCUUCUAAAGAUGUUAGAAUUGCUAAUUGUGAAGAAGUUUCUGUUAAUUGA